AUGAAGAGUGUAUGCGCCGCUCGUAUCGAGAGGCAACAGGAACAAUCGAUAGACUACGCCAACGCCACCUACUUUGCUUACAAUUUCUCUCAAAGUAAUGCUACCGGUACUCACACUACUGACGCAAAUGGUGGCGGCUUCGAUGACGAAAAUGACAGCAACUCUCAUGCACAUGUUUGUUGGGCGACUCUCAAUCUAGCGGAUGACUGCGACUUUAGCAGCGGAGACGGCCAUGGCACCUAUGAUGGUACAUGGCAAGUAAACAACACCGAUGCGAACGAGAUUGACCUUGACAACACAAGAUUGGUCACCUUACGUAUCCAUCGGUUGAGAGCUGAAUCUUGUCCUGGUCCAUGCGGUGAUAACCCACACGCUGCCGGCUCCGUAUCAAACGGCACAUAUCAUAAUGCCAGACCCGAUCACAACACUCCCACGAACGGACCACAGUUGAGCGGCGUAUUUUCCAACGACACAUUCAACAGAGACGCAUACGCCGACGUCAACCAUGCGACACGGAGCAGCCCCUUUGCGAACCUACUUCUCAACUCCAGCGAAAAGGGCCAGCCUCAUGACGUCCCGGCAGCUCUCUCUCAAAACACCGUUGCAGCAUCUCACGAUGCAAAAAACGCAGAAAGGGUUUCAGCACAGUCGCCCGCCUGGAGGGACACUGCCUCUAGUCCAGCAACGAACCCCCCACAGCGUCGUAACCUUCAUGGCAACUGGAGGCAACGUCACAAGGCAUCGACCACUUCCUUCCGAGACAGCGUGCUCGCCGACUUCGCGAAGGAGCAGGAAGUAGAGAAACAGCCAACACUACUAGAAAAACUUGGACAUUCUCAGUCGGAUCCAGAGCCCUGGCAGGUAGAGCUUCGCCAGCAAAAGAGCCGGCCGUUUUCGGCUCCUACCAGACUAGCUGGGAAAUCUCUCUCGGGGGACGUUAAGCUGCAGCACGGGUUGUUCCAGGAACUAGGAGAGAAGUAUGGCAAUACUUGGUCGCAAGCUAUUAAAAAGGACGAGCAGAGCAAUGGUUCUUCAGCGUCAUUUUAUAGACAGGACUCACCUGUUCAGAGUGAACAGGGUGUACCAACGAAAAAGAAGACGCUUUUGGAAAUUUAUUACGAGGCGAAGAGGGAGGCUGAUCUGCAGAAACCGGGGCUCAGCCGGCAGUUGCAGUUUGGGGACAUGGCGGCUGUGGAGAUACAUAAGAGUGGUUCGGCGGCAUGA